AUGUUGCUUGCGAGACUUCUCCUACUACCGUUCGCGGUCGCGUCCACCGUCACCCUCUUUGUCUCGUCCGUGCCAGUCUCCGAAGACACCGCCGUCAUCCCAUCCGCGAUCCCCCUCGCACAGAUCGAGUUCGAUGCAGACCAAUCCGUAGGCACGUUAGCGUCGUAUACACCGCCAACCGGUUCCUACUCAGCAGAUCACCUUCUUUGCGUUGGCCUUACAGACCCCAAGACCGGAUCAUGGCGGGGCAUUGUCACGUCAGCGGCCAGCUUCGCAGACAAGUACCACAAGAAGUUCGUUGUUCACGUUGACGACAAGGGCGAGCCGUAUCACGUAGGCUUUGGGACGAGCGCAAGGGGUACUGGGGAGGAAGUGGAGGUCGAGAUUGUCAAGAGGAGCCCUGGUCCCAAGCCAGUGCUGAACAAGCCCAUUGUGCUGAACGCUGAGGGCAAGCUGGAGAGUAAGGAGCCCGAGAAGACGUUCUUACAGAAGUACUGGUGGGCGAUUGCAAUCUUCGUCGUGGUGCAGCUCGUGUCAAGUGGAGGAGAUGGCAAAUAG